UGUUGAUGAUAGUUCAUGCUAUUGUAUGUUUUGCAGAUACACUAUGAAACAACGGGUCCAGAGAUCUGGGAAGACACAAGUGGCAAGGUGGAUAUACUUGUUGCUGGGAUAGGGACUGGUGGAACCAUUUCAGGGGUUGGUCAAUACCUCAAAAAGCUCAAUCCUAAUAUUAAGAUUAUUGGUGUGGAACCUACAGAAAGUAACAUACUGUCUGGUGGAAAGCCUGGUUUUAUACCAAAGAAUUUAGACCAAGAUGUGAUGGAUGAAGUCAUAGAGAUAUCAAGUGAUGAAGCUGUUGAAACUGCAAAGCAAUUAGCUCUUCAAGAAGGCCUGCUGGUUAGUUGUUCACUCUAGUUUUGUGCUAGGUGAACAUAUGACUGAACAUUUAUUACCUCCUGCAUUUCCUAUUAAAUUGGGAAAAUUUUAUAACUGUGGUCCCAACCUUUGACAAAUUAAGCACUUGAUCUCCAGUAAAAAUUUCUAACAUUAGAUCCUCCAAUCAUUCAUCUAUGUUGCAUGUGCGUCUCUAU